AUGAUGAAGAGGGGGCGUGAGCUGCGGCUGUUGGGGCUGGGCCUGCUGCUGCUGCUGCUGGUGAUGGGACUGGCAGUGGGCUCUGGGGACCUUGAGGAGGCAAUCAUUGGCACGGAUGCAGCCGGCAACUUGGUGAUAAAUAGCUCGCGUGUGCCGGGGGGCGGGCGGGUGCUGGUGGAUGGUGUGGACGUGCAGGCGUUGCAGACCGCCUGUGCCGACUUGUUGCAGGCGCAGGCGGAGCUGCUGGCGGCCCAGGCGCGUCUCGAGGCUCGGCUGCGGCGGGUACCAUUGUACGAGCCACAAAUCUACGUUGUGGGUGGCCUCAACGGCAACAUGAGCGAGCAGGUGUACAUGUUCAACGGCACGCGCUGGUGGUCCACAGCCGCCCUACCCACGCCUCGCUUUAGCUUGGCCGCCGCUGUUCUAAACGACGGCUUGUACGUCCUGGGUGGGCUGUAUUACAUGGGCAUGGACGGCUCCGCGCCAAUCACAACGGCAGCGGUUGAGGUCCUGGACGGCUUGGUCUGGCGGCCAGUUCCACCCUUGCCUCAAGCCCGGGGCCGCCUGUCAGCAGUGACUUUUCAAAAUGCGCUCUACGUCAUUGGCGGCAUGAUGGGGACAGACCGACCGACCGCUGUCUUUCGAUUUGACGGCAGCACGUGGACCGAAGCAGCCCCUUUGUCUUUCCCGCGACUCGAUGCCGCCGCUGUCGUUUUUCAAGAUGAGAUAUAUCUCAUUGGGGGCCGAAACGGCUCCGUCUUGGCCGUGACCGAGAUCUUCAACGGCACAGCAUGGCGCCCGGGGCCCAGCACGCAGGUGGCGCGCUACGCGUUGACCGCGGUCGUUUUUGAAAAUAGCAUCUAUGCGCUAGGAGGCCACUCGGGCCCCAACGGAGUGGGCGUGCUCGCCCUCGUCGAGGUCUUGGUCGGGCAGACGUGGCAAACCAGAACGCCCCUCAACACUGCCCGCUACUUUUUAGCGGCUGCAGUUCUGGGGGAUGGCUUGUACGUCAUGGGCGGGCGCAACCAGGUGGACCUGGCCUCGGUGGAACGCUUCAAUGGCACGGCCUGGCAAGCCGCCCCUCCCAUGCCCAGUCCCCGAAACGGCUUUGCCGCCGUCGUGUACUGA